CGUACGGACGCACACACACACACGCGGAGAGAGAAAGCGAGCGAGCCUGCGGAGUGCGCGAGGGGAGAGAGGGAAUGAGAGAGAGAGACCUGUAAGAACAAGCGACUAUAGAGACGAAAACGAGGACUAAAAAACGGACCCAAAUGGCACCCAUGGAUUCUAGGAUUGCCUUCGAUGUUCUCGUUUUGGGAAUUUUUACACUUGUGUCUUCAGCGAGGAUAUACCCCCCGAAUGAAGUCACGUUAUUGGACUCCAGAUCGGUGCAGGGGGAGCUGGGAUGGGUCGCCAAUCCGACAGAAGGAGGGUGGGAGGAGGUGAGCAUUAUGGACGAGAAGAACAUUCCCAUCAGAACGUACCAGGUCUGCAACGUCAUGGAGCCCAACCAGAACAACUGGCUUCGCACAGACUGGAUCCCACGCGGAGGAGCCCAGCGCGUUUACAUCGAGAUCAAAUUCACUCUACGGGAUUGCAACAGUCUCCCUGGCGUCAUGGGAACGUGCAAAGAAACGUUCAACCUCUACUACUACGAAUCCAACAACGACAAGGAGCGCUACAUCCGAGAAAAUCAGUUCGGGAAGAUCGAUACUAUCGCGGCGGAUGAGAGCUUCACUCAAGUCGACAUCGGCGAUCGGAUCAUGAAACUAAACACGGAAGUUCGAGAUGUUGGCGCGUUGACGAGGAAAGGUUUUUAUUUAGCUUUCCAGGAUGUUGGAGCGUGCAUCGCGUUGGUUUCCGUGCGAGUGUUCUACAAAAAAUGUCCGCUAGCCGUGCGAAAUCUAGCCCAGUUUCCUGACACGAUCACGGGGGCGGAUACGUCGUCCCUUGUGGAAGUUCGUGGAUCUUGUGUGGAUAAUUCGGAGGAGAAAGAAGUUCCCAAAAUGUACUGUGGGGCUGACGGAGAGUGGCUGGUGCCCAUUGGGAACUGCCUCUGCAAUCCCGGAUAUGAGGAACGCAACACGGAAUGCCAAGCUUGUAAGAUCGGAUACUACCGUGCCCUGGCCUCUGAUGGUCCGUGUAUGAAGUGUCCUCUUCACAGUUACUCCACCAGGGAAGGCUCUACGUCCUGUGCGUGUGAUAAAGGCUUCUUCCGCUCGGAGACGGACCCAGCCUCAAUGCCCUGCACCCGUCCUCCCACUGCUCCGCUCCACCUCAUCUCCAACGUGAACGAGACUUCGGUGACCCUGGAGUGGUCGGCCCCUCGCAGUUCAGGGGGACGACAGGACCUGACCUAUAACGUGGUGUGUAAACGCUGCGGGUCAGAGGGACGCCGCUGUGUGCCCUGCGGGAGCGGAGUCACCUUCAGCCCCCAGCAGCUCAGCCUUCGCUCCACUCGCGUCGCCAUCACCGAGCUCCAGGCCCACACCAACUACACCUUCGAAGUGUGGGCGGUGAACGGGGUGUCCACGCAGAGUCCGGGCCCGGAGCAGGCCGUGUCUGUCACCGUGACGACCAACCAGGCGGCUCCGUCUCCAGUGACGUCCAUCCAAGCGAAGGACAUCACCAGACACACCAUCUCUCUGGCGUGGCAGGCACCGGAGCGAGCCAAUGGGGUCAUCCUGGAGUACGAGGUCAAAUACUAUGAAAAGGACCAGAAUGAACGCAGCUACAGGAUCAUCAAAACGGCGUCCCGUCACACGGACAUUAAAGGGUUGACCCCGCUCACGUCGUACGUCUUUCACGUCAGAGCUCGGACCGCCGCCGGGUACGGAGACUUCAGCGCUCCCUUUGAGUUCAUGACUAACUCUGUCCCCGCCCCGAUCAUUGGAGAUGGAGCUAACUCGACCGUCCUGCUGGUGUCCGUCGUGGGCAGCGUGGUCCUCCUCCUCAUCCUCAUCAGCGCUUUCGUCAUCAGCCGCAGAAGGAGUAAAUACAGCAAGGCAAAACAGGACGCCGACGAGGAGAAGCACCUGCACCAGGGAGUGAGAAUCUACGUGGACCCGUUCACCUACGAGGAUCCGAACCAGGCCGUGAGGGAGUUCGCCAAAGAGAUCGACGCAUCGUGCAUCAAGAUCGAGAAGGUCAUCGGCAUUGGUGAAUUCGGCGAGGUGUGCAGCGGUCGACUGAAGAUGCCGGGGAAGAGGGAGAUCUGCGUGGCCAUCAAAACUCUCAAAGCGGGAUACACGGACAAGCAGAGGAGGGACUUCCUGUCUGAGGCCAGCAUCAUGGGCCAGUUUGACCACCCCAACAUCAUUCACCUGGAGGGCGUGGUCACCAAAUGUAAACCCGUCAUGAUUAUCACAGAGUACAUGGAGAAUGGAUCCUUGGAUGCGUUCCUGAGGAAAAACGACGGGCGCUUCACGGUGAUCCAGCUGGUUGGGAUUCUGCGCGGGAUCGCCUCCGGGAUGAAGUAUCUGUCGGACAUGAGCUACGUGCACCGGGACGUCGCCGCCCGGAACAUCCUGGUGAACAGCAACCUGGUGUGCAAAGUGUCCGACUUCGGAAUGUCCCGAGUGCUGGAGGACGACCCGGAGGCGGCCUACACAACACGGGGAGGAAAGAUCCCGAUCCGCUGGACCGCUCCGGAGGCCAUCGCGUACCGGAAGUUCACCUCCGCGAGCGACGUGUGGAGCUACGGCAUCGUCAUGUGGGAGGUGAUGUCGUACGGAGAGCGGCCGUACUGGGACAUGAGCAACCAAGAUGUGAUAAAGGCCAUAGAUGAAGGCUACAGGUUGCCCCCUCCCAUGGACUGCCCCGUGGCCCUGCACCAGCUCAUGUUGGACUGCUGGCAGAGGGAGAGAGCUGACCGGCCAAAGUUCGGACAGAUUGUGAACAUGCUGGACAAACUGAUCCGGAACCCCAGCACCCUGAAGAGGACCGGGGGCACGGACUCCACCAUACGCCGAUCCACCCCCUCUCUGCUGGAGCCGGCCAGCCCAGAGCCCCCUCCCUCCUCUGGGACAGUGGAGGACUGGCUCAGGGCCAUCGGGAUGGAGAGAUACAGCGACAACUUCACUGCAGCGGGAUACACCAGCCCAGAGGCCGUGGUGCACAUGACACAGGAGGACAUGGCUCGAAUCGGCAUCUCCUCCGCGCCGCACCAGAACAAGAUCCUGACCAGCGUCCAGGGAAUGCUGUCCCAAAUGCAACAAAUGCAAGGAAGAAUGGUUCCCGUUUGAGACAGGAAAAAGCUGGAGGAACUUGGCAAAACCGACUUCUUUUCUUAUAAAAAAAAAUUAACAAAAAACAAAAAAGAUUAAGUAUAAAAAGAGACACAAAGCUAUGAUGUUAUAGUUUACCUCACCCAUGCACUUUAAAUUGGAUUUUUAAAGAAGAGAUGUCGACGAUGAAGAAAAAAGUGGAGGAAAUGGCACUUUUUGGGACAAAUCUGAAACUUUUUUGUUGUUUUAGAGAAUUUGACUCUUUUUCGGCAACAUUUAUGGAUAGAUAGACGAACGAACGGAAGGAAAGAGAUGUGCUUCCAAGGAUAAUUUGGAGUGCCUUUAGGAAAA